AGCAGCGCAGCGCCACCAGCGUGACUACCCGCGGACGCGUAGCAGCGUGUACCGAUAUCCGUUUCUGUUGGUGCGGCUUAUCGGUGGCGUCUAUGCGUCGUGCCUAGGGAGCCCUGGCUGUGGAAGGUGCUGCAUGUGAUCGGCCCGCUUGCGCUGGAGCCCCGUCAGCCAGCAGCCGCAGCUAGGACGGCUAGGAGCCGCGCCGGGGCGGCGGGCGCAUGCGCUUGUCAAUGGCGGCGGCUCGGGCUGCAGCACCGCACGUAGCAGCCCCUCGUAGAGGGCUGGCUGACGCCACGCUGGGCCGCCUAGGCGGCCACCUCUGACGCCUUCACCGAUGACUGCAAGCAGUGCCAGUAUGGGGGAGCAGCCCAUCUUUUCCACGAAAGCGCACGUGUUCCACAUUGACCCCAAGACGAAGCGGUCCUGGAUACCAGCCAGCAGCCAGGCGGUGAGCGUGAGCUUCUUCUAUGACUCGAGUCGCAACCUGUACCGCAUCAUCAGUGUGGAGGGGACCAAGGCGGUAAUCAACUCCACCAUAACGCCCAACAUGACCUUCACCAAGACCUCCCAGAAAUUUGGCCAGUGGUCUGACAUCCGGGCCAACACUGUCUAUGGCCUUGGCUUCGGCUCGGAACCUGACCUCAAUAAGUUCAUCGAGAAGUUCCAGGAAGUGAAAGAGGCGACCCGGCUGGCUGCCCAAAAGGCUGGCAACAAUGGUGUGGCGGCUGUGCGGCCCCCCGAGGGAGGGGAUGCCGGCGGGGGGGACCCUACGGCGCUUCACGGUGGUGGCAGUCCCAAGCACCAGCAGGCAGCAGCCAAGGCAUCGCUGCCCCAGACAACGGCCGAAGCGCAGCUGCGCUAUGAAAACGAUAGGCUCAAACUUGCGCUGGCACAGAGCUCGGCAAAUGCCAAGAAAUGGGAGGUGGAGCUGCAGACGCUCAAGAACAACAAUGGCCGGCUCACAUGCGCCCUGCAGGAGAGCACGGCCAAUGUGGAGGAGUGGAAGCGCCAACUGCAAGCGCUCAAGGAGGAGAAUGCCACCAUCCGUGGACGCAUGCUGGAUCUGGAGGCUGGCAGUGCCCCCGAUGCCCAGGAGUUGCGCCGGGAGCUGGCCGCCUUGCGCAGCCGUGCUGAGAUUCUGGACCGAGAGAACAAACAGAAGGACAAAGAGUUGGAGGCACUGAAGAGGAAAUUGGAGGACCAAACACCAGGCAAAGCAGAUGAGAGGCUCAAGGCCUUGCUGUCUGAGAAUGAGGCUCUCAAGAGUGCUGCGCAGCGUCUCCAGGAUCAGCUAUGUGCUGCCCAGGGACGCCAGGCUGCCUGGGAACAGCUGGCGCAACGCAUUGCCCACCGCUUGCAUGACUUGCGUGACCUGCAGCACGAGCUGGCUGCAUUACUGUCUGCCUCUUGACCCCACCAGGUGUCACACCAGCAGCCCCACCUGACAGGCGUGACUAGGGUCGCCACGAUAGCUCCCCCUACCACCACUCGCGAGCCAAGAGCAUGCUAGCCAGUGCUAGGGAGUGGCCUGUUGAGCUCCCACUUGGUCUUGUGUGUGACGUGGGCUUGCCUGCUCCAAACUGAUGGUCGACGAAAACAGCACUGUGCAGGCAGCUUUGUCAGCAGAAACAAAUUAUACAUCUGGACAUUGCAUGUGUGGCGGUCUCAGUCUAGGAUGUCACGUGCCGUUUGUCCACAUAAACCAGUCAUUGCUCAUUAAACUGUCAGUGUCAAACCUGAGAACUCAGCGGCAUAUGGCUUUAGGCAGCAGGAUUGAUCGAGCUUCCGCAGUGGUAUAGCGGGGUUUGUUUUGCCAAGUUUUAAAGUAGUUCAGCAAUAUGGCAAAGCUGUGCGAGUUCUUUUGUGACUGAGCUUGGAAACAAGCUCUCCCAGGAUUCCACAUUAAAAGACUUUUGAAAUAGCUAGGUAUUUUCUUCAGAUAAGGUGAAAGCCUUCUUAAAUGGACUGUUGUAAAUCACUUCUUUUUUGGUGUCUACGUGACACCAAUGUGCCACAGCAUGUAUUUGUUGAGCCCUCAAUGCACUGCCCUCGAUCUACGGUAAGAAAACAUUUGCCACAUAAUCUCAACCCUUGGAGCCAAUGUAAUUCUCACACGAACAGAAUCUCUGCCAGCAUUGAUGCUGAGGACUCGCAAGAUCAACUAUCAUGUAUUACCUGAAGAAUCUCUUUUUAGUUUGCAUCACACUGGCUUGCUGAUGCAUUCACAUACAUGUGAGUUUUAGAGGUACACAUAUUUUGAAAUCAUUUCAGCUUCAACUUCAUUCCUGUGUUGACGGGUAACAUACAUUUCAGAUACCACUGUCAAGUGUGUACAGUAAUAUACAAAAAUAAAAGA